UCCCCCGCUCCGCCCGCCCGCUCCCCUUUGUGCGGCAGCCCCGCUCCGCGCUCCGCUCCUCUCCCCCGGCACCGCCCGGAGCCGCGGGGCCAGCCCGGCUCUACCCGGCUCCGCCCGGACAGCUCAGCAGCCAUGGAGGCAGCGCUCAUCUUCCUGUGCUCCCUGCUGGUACCAGCGGCCGUGGCAGACGUGGCCACGCAGGAGAAGGAGGAGGAGGAUCCCUUUAACUAUGAUUACCAGAGCCUGAGGAUCGGGGGGCUGGUGUUUGCUGUGGUCCUGUUCACCGUGGGCAUUCUCCUCAUCCUCAGCAGGAGGUGCAGGUGCAGUUUCAAGCAGAAGCCCAGGGCUCCAGGAGAAGAAGAGGCUCAGGCAGAGAACCUGAUCACCUCGAAUGACCCAGAGACCCGAGGAGAGACGCUCGGAGCGCAGAUGCCCGCGGCCUGCGAGGAAACUGAGCCCCCAGCAGCAGCUCAGCCCGUGGGAAGGCAGCGCGGGGGCGCGGCCACGGCCACUUUUGUCCCUGGGCUUUUUGGGAGCCGCACUGUCGGGCUGCUGGCGCGCCGAAUGAGGUUUGUCUCCCAAUUAAUGCGCUUUCCCGUGGGUGCCCACUCGCAGAGCGAGGCGCCCGCCGGACGACACGCCGAGGCCAUGGGUGACGAGCAAGUGCCCGAGCAGGGCCAGGACAGGUUCAGCUACGACUAUGACACCAUCCGCCACGGGGGGCUGAUCUUCGCCGUCGUGGCUUUUGUGAUCGGGCUCCUCAUCAUCCUCAGCCAGCGCUUCCACUGCGGAGGGAGGAAGAAGAGGAGACAAGGGAACGAGGAGGAGCUGUAGGUGCAGAGCUGCAGUGCCAUCAUGGAAGCAGAGCUCCAGCCGAAGCCCAGGAGUCCUGGCCAGUGGCCACCCCUCACCCCGCUCCAGUGGAUCCCUUACCCCGCAAGGCCAGAACGCAAACUACCCUCGUGCUUCUCCCUCUCUUAGACCCAGCAAGAAUUUCUUGGCUAAUAAAGUUCAAGAG